AUGACUACGCGGGCUGCGGGUCUUCUUGGUGUCGUUACAUCCUUCCUCGUUCUCGCGUUGGGAACUGUGGCGUUGCGAUGCUACGUGCGUAUACGGAUCAAGAGGAGUUUUGGGUUGGAUGAUGGCCUAGCGGUUGGAGCAUUGAUUUUCUUCAUCGUAUCGGCAUGUGCAUUACUGGAAGGGGUUCGAAUUGGUAGUUUUGGCCACUCCUGGACGGAAUUAACGCCCGAGGUCCUCCUCAAAGGCUUGAAGCUUCUAUUUCUCUACGAGACUUGCUAUGUGGUCGCAACCACCAUGGUCAAAUUCGCCGUGGGUAUAUUUCUCCUACGAUUUUGUAUCGAGCGCUACCAUAAAUGGAUUAUUUAUGCCAUUCUCAUCCUACUCACCUGUCUCACCAUUUUCAUCUUCAUCUUCGUCCUCAUCCAAUGCCGGCCACCAUCAUGGUUCUGGAACCAAGCGAUCAACCCACAUGGCAGUUGCGAUGGGAUGGGCUUCAUCAAAGCUGCCUAUGUGCAUUCAGCCAUUACAGCCUUUAGCGAUGCGGCCCUUGGACUCCUGCCGAUCCUGAUUGUCCGAAGUCUGCAUUUACCCUGCUACAUCAAGGUUCACGUUGCUGUGCUUCUGGCACUUGGUUCAGUUGCCUGUUUUGCAACAGUUGCGCGCAUGCGUUUUGUUCACCAGCUCACCGACCCGAAAAAUCUAUUCUACUAUACGGGUGUUAUAUGUUGGUCUUACGUUGAAGUGGGCGUUGCACUCAUUACCUCGUCUGCGGCAACGCUCCGCCCCCUUGUGGACCAAAUAGAAUGCUGUGUUCCGCUAUGGCGACGCUUGAAGUCCAAUCAGUACACGUCGAACGGCUCGAAUCACCAUGUCACAUCCUCGACAACCUUCGAGGAGGCGCUUCAACAGCAUAGUCCAAGUAUGAGUCUUCCCCCUAUUACCCCUUUAUCCCAAGUAUAG